GCUUCCACCUCUUCAGUCUUCACGUUGACCUCUCCUUCUCCCUGAACCUGCCCCAUCCAUCCAAUUCCACCCAAGCGAUCGCCGAGUGUUCGACCAACUGCCGGCGUGGAGCGGCGUCAAUUGGUUCAUGCCCAAAGCAUAAGGCUACCCUCCUCGCGCCAAUAGUGCAGGAGAGAUAGGCCGUGGGUUCGUUCGCCGGAGCUUUGACGCCGAAAGUGUGUGUUCACAUAUGUUUACUCUUCUCAGUACUGAACAUUGGUCCGUCAAAUCCUUCUCAUACCAAUGGAACAAGACCACUCGGCUUUGAAGAAGAUGAGAGUGGACGAUGCAGCCGAUUCUGUGAUGGCUGAAGUACCUGCCCCUGCCCCUGCCACUGCAUCAAGUAUGAACCAGCAAUUGUUCUGGAGCCAGUGGCAGCUUCUGGACUCCAUCCUUCCCACCGGGGGUUUCGCACACUCCUGCGGCCUCGAAGCCGCUAUGCAAUCGCGCAUAGUGAACAACCCAGAGGACCUGAGGUUAUUUCUGAUCCAGGCCAUGGAGAACGUUGGCAGCCUACUGCUUCCGUUCGUGUACUGCGCCAGCAAGUCUCCUGACGCCGUGGCAUGGGUCAAGCUAGAUCAGCUGCUGGAAGCUACGUUGACGAACGAAGUCGGCAGGAAGGCGUCAACGUCGCAGGGCUCGGCCCUGUUGAGGGUGGCCGCGUCUGUCUUCACCGAAAUUCAGGCGCUGCAAGACCUCCGGAAGACAUUCCUCGGCUCCACGAGCGUGUCGUUUCACCAUGCACCCAUAUUCGGGUUGAUAUGUGGGUUGGUUGGAUUUGACUGUGAGACCACGCAGAGGGCUUACAUGUUUGUGACGAUGAGGGAUGUGAUCUCCGCGGCGACGAGGCUUAAUCUGAUCGGGCCGCUUGCUGCUUCGGUGCUGCAGCACCAGGUUGCUCCAGAUGCUGAGAGGAUGGUGCAGAAGUGGAGGGACCGUGAUGUCUCAGAAGCUUCACAGACCGCGCCACUGCUUGACGCCUUGCAGGGCUGCCAUGCUUACAUGUUCUCUAGGCUGUUCUGUUCCUGACUAUGAGGUUACUGAAUGUGAUUCGGUGUAAGUAUGCCCACAGUUUUACCUCGGAGAAGUACAGGCUUUGGUUAAAGAAAAAUAGCAUCAGGAAAUUAAACACAUCAAAUACAGAUGCUCUGUAUGAUUCUUUUUUAUUUACUUGCAAGCAAGAUUGUACAACAAUGACACCAGUACAUUAUGUUCAUGCGUGUGAGCCCUCCCUAAUCAUCUAUAACAUUAUGUUCAAUGACACCAGUACAUUAUGUUCAUCU